ACAAAAAAAUAGCGCGUAAUUUGUGCGUGACGAAAAAAAAGAUAAUUUUUAUAAUAAAUAUGAGCAGCCGCAAGCAAAAGGGUGCCGAAAACAUAGAAAAUCUGUGUCCAGUAGCCAGAAAACGCUCGACAAGUAAGAACGGCGGCACCGCUGCAACGAAAGCGUCGAUCUACGAGCACACCUCGUCCCCUUCCGCGCUGACGUUAGAGACACUCGAGGAAAUGGGCUUCGGCAUGUUGGACUCGGAGGAGAGCAGCUCGUCGGCUCUAUCGGCGAUUGCACUUGCGGUGAGCAACACCAGCGAUGAGAACUCCAACGAGACAACGCCCAGCACAACAAGUGUGCCUCGCAUGGCGCAUCAGCAGACGCGACUAAGUCUUAACUCGACCUCGUCAACGCUGGACAAUAGCACCGUCAGUAACAACACUCUGAUCGAUGUUUACACCGAAGAUACGCAGGAGCGUUUGCUGUUGCAGUCGGCGGAGAAGCUGCACGCCUUGGCGCAGGCAAAGCGCACGGCUCUGAACAAUAUUGGAGAGGGUGGCAGCAACUCCAAUUCGCCCAGCAAGCGCACCAGAAAUCCUCUGGCCACCGUCACAUGCAAUAAUCAAAAUGAGGCGUCAUUGGUACUACCGCCACCGACGCAAAUGCAACUGCAACAACAACAGCAACCAACGGCACUCGGUUUACUGCCCUCGACCAGUAAACAGGCGCUGUUGUUGGGUCAAAAGAAAGGUGUGGCGCCACCGACACCACUGCGACUGCUGCAAACGGUGACAACGCGUCUGGCGCCCAGUGACAACUUCUUUGUUUAUCGCACGCCUGCUAUGAUCGCUCACAUUAGCAGCGGAAUCAACUAUUUUGAUAAGCUCUCCGAUGAGAUUCUGCUGGGCAUCUUUAAGUGGCUGCCGAAGAAGACCCUGCUGCGCAUAGCGACUGUUUGUCGUCGCUUCCAUUACUGUGCCCGCGAUGAGACGCUGUGGACGCGUCUGGAUCUCGGUCUGCGCACACUGCGUCCCCUUGCCCUGGAGCAGGUGGUGCGUCGUGGUGUGCCUGUCUUGCGCCUCGCCCAAACAGACAUACAAGAUCCAGCCUUUACAUGCGAACCGUCGUCCAUCGACUUUCAGUCGCGUCUGCAAUAUUUGGACUUGAGUCUUGCCUCCAUUUCGCUCAGCUCUUUGCACACAUUGCUCGCGCAUUGCCGCCAACUCAAGAAACUUAGUCUGGAGCAUGCGGAUGUCAACGAUGAGAUAUGCUUUGAGAUCUCAAAGAACAAAGCGUUAGAGACACUCAAUUUGUCAAUGGUCGGUGGCUUGCAGGCCGGCAGCGUUCGUCAAAUGAUGGAAUCGCUAAAGAAACUCAUCAGCCUGAAUAUAUCGUGGACUGAUUUAAGCGCUGACGCGGUCACCGCACUAGUUACUCACAUCCCGUCCAAUGUCAUCCGAUUGAACGUCGCCGGCUGCCGGCGAGUCCUCUCUGAUGCACAUGUUGUCACACUGCAGAAACGCUGUCCACAGCUGCUUGAGCUCGAUCUUUCCGACUGCAACAGUCUGACGCCGACAGCACUGGCGGCAAUCAUGAAAUUCAACAGUCUUGAGUAUUUGUCCGUGUCGCGUUGCUAUCUCAUACCUGCCGCGAAAUUCAUAGAACUUAAAAAUAUGACAUCUCUCACAUAUCUGGACAUUUUUGGCAUGCUCUCGGAUGCCGCAAUGGAGGUGCUGGAGAAGCAAAUGCCGAAAAUUAGCAUCAACAAAUUUAUACACAGCUCGGUGGGGCGGCCAACUGUUGGCACGCGUCGCACCUCCAUUUGGGGCAUGCGCACACGUGACUAAGACUCCCAUAGAAUCCCAAUAAGACUUAGCAUACAUAUUUAAUUCAGAUUAUUUUUGUUGCGUUAAUAAGCCGCCUAGCGCAGUUUUAAUAUUGAAUUCAAUGACAAUAAUUAAAUGUCACGUUUGGCUUUUCCAAUUAUA